GUCACGCGUGCCGUCCCCUCCCCUGCCCCCUCCCCCCUCCCCCUCCUCGGCCCCGUACCGCCUCGCCACGCCAGAAACCCUAGGAGGGGCAAAUCGCCGCGGCGAGGGGGCGGGCGUCGUCGUCGGGCGCACCGGUCGCCGUAGUCGAACCCCGAGAGGAAGUGCACCUCCAAGAUCUAGCCCUUCAAGCACAGAGUGGAGGUCGACCCAAGUUCUUCCAUCGACGGGGCGCGGGGGUCGGGUGUCGUGGGGCGCCGGAGUCGAACCCGAUCGAGCCUUCAAGCACCGGGUGGAGGUUGACGAGAAGUUCUUCGAUCGCUCGUGCGCGGGGGUCGGGUGUCGCGGGGCGCUGGUCUCGAGCCCGAUUGAGCCCUUCAAGCACCUGGUGGAGGUCGACCACAAGUUCUUCGACAAGUCCCGGAAGAAGCUUGACGACCGCGAGAUUCUACAUCUGCAACUCCAGCGACCUCUGCUUCGAAUCUAUACAGUUUGACAACUCUGAUCCACCAUUACCUUGCUUAAUUUUGCCCCUGCUAAUCCCUGUUACUUCUGGUGCACCUGCAAUCGGCGAGGUAGGAUCGACGAUAGAUGUGUUGGUUCGUACCUAUCGGGAUUCGUCGCUAGAUUCAGAUUUCACAUGUAUCUAUACUUCUUCAAGAUGGUAAAUUGGAUGUGGGGCUGUCUUCAGGUUAUCCUAUUUUGCGAGCUUGUGGUUUGUGAGUAGGAAAUUGGCAUGCGCCGACACCUGAGAGAGCGUGGAGGUAGCACUACUUUUGGUAGAAAUAAGUUGUAUGGGCUUUCUCGUGCUUACAGGCUUUGAAUUGCGCUGCGUUUGUUGUUUGGGAACUGGUAUGUGCUGGAACAUGAGAGGUUGUCGACAUAUCACUUAGUUUUGGUACAAAAGAGCUUCAUUGGUUUUGCCACGCGUGGGUGGUUGUGACUUGUGGAAGUUUCUAUUUGUUGUUUGGUAAUUGGACUGUGUUUGCUCUGAUAGUAGUUUUGGAGUUGUGGACGUAGAUACUUCUUUUUGGUAUAGAUUGGUCGCAUGCAUUUUGCCGCGCUUGUGUGAUUCUGACUUGCACAAGUUGGCAACUGUUGUUCGAAGAUUAGGAUGUGUUUUCUCUUAUUGUAGUUUGGAGUCGGUGAAGUAGUGCUAAAGUUAGUUACACAUUACUUGCAUGGGAUUUUCCUGCUUUGCUGUGGCUGUGACUCGCGCAAGUUUGUAUUUGUGGUUUGGACAUUGUGGUGUUGCUCUGAUCGUAGUUUUGGAGUCGUGGACUAAGUGCUUCAUUUUUGGUAGAAGUUAGUUGCAUGGGUUUUACCACACAGAUGUGGCUGUGAGUUACUCAAGUUUCUAUUCGUAGUCAGAAAUUGGCAUGUCUUGCCCUGGUGUAGUUUUGGAAAACUGGGUGUAGCGCAUAGUUUUGGUGAAAAUUAGUUGUGCAUGUUUUGCCCUGCCAGUGUGAUUCACUUGUGUCAUGUUUUAUAUGCUGGUGUUGUUGCAUGGGUGUGGGGGUGUCAUCCAUUGCUUCAAAGUUCAUUAGCAGCAUUUAUUAAAAACUUAGUCACUCUAAUAUUCGAGCUCAAAUGACUCCUGGGUAAGCAUAUUCAUCCACGCUUUGUCCAAUCCAUGGUAUAGCUUGCAUUAACAAACACAAUAUUGCCAAACUGGCUUAUGGUUUACUUACUUCAUUAGCAAGUACUAAUGGUGGUAUAUGAUGGGAAAAGAUAUGUUGGAUGUACUUGAACUAGAAUUAAGGUAGGUGUAAAAUGACCACACUAGCCUGCAUAAUGUUACAGUUAACUAAUUUAUUAUUGUUUCACUGUGUAAUGAACUUUCUUGGCAAACCAUUCAUUAAUUUACCCGUCCUGGGAUUUAAGCGAUUGGGUAGAAAUGAACUCAACUCUGUAGAAUGAGUAACGAAAUCCACACUGGUUCUUUGGGGAUGGUAACUCACUAAAUUAGGUAGGCGUAUACCCAAAAAAAAUUAGGUAGGCAUAUUAUAGGAAAUGCAUCAUUUUUUCUCCUAUAAAUUAAGUUAUCUUUUAGCGAAUUAAUGUAAGACUAUAUAUAAAAUUUAACACUCUCUCUUUGUAAGAUGUGGUGCCAUUCUACUUGGUUAGUAACCAUUUAGAUUUCUUGUUGCGUCCAGGAGCAGUGUAGAGUCAGGAGUGGAGUGAUUCCGAGCAGCCACUGAAUCUGGGCCGAUAGUGAGGUGCUGUUGUAUUCUGGUUCGGCUUGACGCAUUGAAGUCCAAGUCAAACGGUGGCACAGAUUACAAUUUCCUCCCCCCCAUUUCAGCCUUGGAAAUGAGGAUUCUGCAGUUUGCUUUCCGGAGGAUAUGUUCCCUGAUUUCAUCUGAUGCAAACCGCCUUAAGCCGUGUUUGUCUCGUCACUUUUCUACCUUUGAAAAUUUUGAUGCCUAUCCAGUCAGUAAUGCAAUUUGGCAUUCUAGGGAAGUCGACAUGAAGGAUCUUGGAGAUCCUGUCAAUUUCUUUGGCAGGAACCGAAUGUUUGAUUCAAUAUUAUACAACAAGCUUGUAGGCAGACCUAAAAGCAAGGACGGAAGGGAGAUCAAUCCGUAUCUUGCCAAGAUCAUCAAGAUGAACCCAAGAAUGGUGUCUGAAAUAUUUGCUUAUGCACUGAGAUCGUUGGCGGUUAUUACUGUGGAAAACCAUCGGAUGGGGGUUCCUUUAGGUGCUGCUGUGAAGCUAUCUAACCUGAGGAUCUCUUAUUCUCAUGGUAAGUUUGUCUUGCUCAAUAUCCUGCCAAAGUCACCCGGCUACAAGGGUUUGACUCUGCAACAGAGAUGUAAUGAUUGGAUAGCAAUAAGAGAUCUUGUGAAGCAGUUGGUUGAGGAGGUUUGCGGGAGUGGUGUUCAAUAUCCUGUGGAUUUUGCCCACUGGCUUGAGAAGUUGGGUGAGCCUCAGCCACAAAUAUUCAUGAUACUAUACCAUACCGUGUUCCUAAGAUCGAAUGCCCGUUUCUAUUACCAUGUUUCGCUGGAUCAGUUCUGCAGAAAGGAACCAAGGGGCAAGUUCAACAUUAUUAUGAAUGAUUCUGAAUUGCGUGAGUUGCUGAGGGAGAUAGGUGACCUUAGAGAACUGUUAAACCUUGCCGAACUGAAUGAGUUUCUGAAGUGCUGUAUAGCAGGUGACGAUGGAACUCAAGCAGCUGCUUCUAAAUAUCCAAAGGGCGGGCAACCAAGCAAUGGUACAGGCCAGCAGGGUCAAGCACCACCAGCCACAGGCCAGCAGGGUCAAGCACCACCAGCCACAGGCCAGCAGGGUCAAGCACCACCAGCCACAGGCCAGCAGGGUCAAGCACCACCAGCCACAGGCCAGCAAAGUCAGCCAUCUCAAGCCACAGGCCAGCAGGGUCAACCAGCUGCUCGAGGUGGCCAGAGUCAAACGUUCAAUUCAAGUAAUGCUCCACCACAAGGUCAGCCAUCUCAAGCCCAAGGGAACUCAAUCCCACAAGGACAGGCAUUGCAAACUCAGGACCCUUAUGCACUGCUUCAGCAGGCCAGACUCAAAGGUGGGCACACCUUGGUUGCUGUCCACCGCAACAGCCCUGUGCAUGGUUGCCAAAAAACAUGUGUAGGCUUCUCUUUCAUUCAAAGAUCGAUGUUGAAUCGCGGUCAAUUAUUCAGAUCGUCUAUUUCACGUUCCUUCCCUUCGACCAUACAGUUCUUGAGCUCUUCUGCAAGAAAGGGAUUCAGCAUCAAUUGGACAUGGAGUGCUUGUUUGGUGAGACUAGGGACACAUGGAAAUUUGCAAUAGACCAGCAUAAAUAUGAUGUUCAACAAGAAUGAGACUUACCAGAACCAAUCAACUAGUCCUAGAAGAUGGUAUACAAGCCCCUGAUGACAAGAGUGUAGCAUCAGUUGCUGCAAGAUCUUAACAAGCAAGCAUGUCCUGGUGAGGAGCAGCAGCUAUGGAUGAACAAUCCUGGUGAAACGUUUCCUUUUUCCUGUUGAUCUGGUCCCUUCCCCGGAAAGGAGGGACUAAUUUGGUGAUGUUCUCUAUCCAGUGAUGUAAUGGUGCUAGAACUAUCAUUUGCACUUUGUUGAGCAUGAUAAAUGUUUUUUGUGUGUGUUUUUUAUGUACAAAUGUGAAAUGAAUCUGCUUUUUGAGCUGAAAGUACAAAUAUUGUCUACUGAUGAUGUGUUCUUAUGCACAUGAUGAUGUUUCGUUGA